AUGACGGUAAAGGAGGGCUCGCCACGGCCCAACACCCUCACAGGCUUGGCACUUCAGUUGAAAGGAAAGCUCAAGCCUAGCAGCAAGAAGCAGCAGAAUGGCGUAGUCGAGGACAAGGGCAAAGCUGCUCAUCGUCACCAGCUCAAGCGACUCGAGAAGCAGGAGAAGGAAGAGCGUCACUCCCGUGACAUCCAGGAAAAGCAGAAUCGAUGGCGCGAGGAGCAUGAGCGCGCCAGGUCCGAGGAGGACUCUGAAAUGCUCACCCGCUACGGAAUGGUUGCCGAGCCCGAAGACUUGCCUGCCGCUGUUCAGCCCGAAAAUAUCAUGACAAUUGAUCAAGUCACCAAGCUUCCCCUCGGCUCCAAGAUUGCAUUCCGUGCUCGUAUACACACCCAGCGACGUAUGUCGCCCAAGCUGGACUUCUUGCUGUUCCGCGACCAGACCCAUUCCAUUCAGGGCGUCCUCGCGCAUACAAGCACGCACAUGAUUCGCUGGGUGCAAAAGUUGCACCCCGAGUCUCUUGUCUACGUGACAGGUACUCUGAAGCAGCCGCCCGCCGACGUCCGCUCAGCCACUGAGCACAAUGUUGAGGUUGACGUAUACUCGACACAUCUUGUCGCCGCCGCCAAUGAUCUGCCGUGGGACAACUACGAGCCGCCAGAGGCGCUGAAUACCCGUCUGCAAGCGCGCAUCCUCGAUAUCAGACACCCCGCGAACAUUGCCAUCUUCAAGAUUCGAUCCAAGAUCGUCAGCCAAUUCCGACGUACUCUUGAGGACCUGGAAUUCCUCGAAAUCCAGACUCCCAAACUGCAACCAGCGGCUACCGAGAGUGGUGCCGAGGUCUUCAAAGUCAACUACUUUGGACGCAAAGCUUUCCUGGCUCAGAGUCCUCAAUUGGCCAAGCAGAUGGCCAUCUCUGCCGAUUUGAGAAAGGUCUUUGAGGUUGGACCCGUUUUCCGUGCAGAGAACUCCAACACCCACCGACACUUGACAGAAUACACUGGUCUAGAUAUUGAGAUGGAAAUCCAACACAACUACCACGAAGUCAUGAUGACCGUGGACAAGUGUCUGAAGAACAUUUUCGCUGCUGUUCAGAAGAUGCCUGAGCUACAAGUCGUGCGAGAACGCUUCCCCAGCGAGGAUCUCGUGUGGUUGGAAGAGACCCUCGUGCUUCCGUUCACCGAGGGUAUCCAGAUGCUACGGGAGGAUGGAGCUGAUAUUGAGGUUGAAGAUCUUGGUACCCGAGAUGAAAUUCGCCUCGGAGAGUUAGUCAAGGAAAAGUACAAGACUGACUACUACAUUCUCGACAAGUUCCCUGCCAAUGCUCGUCCUUUCUACACGCACCGAGCUGAAGAUCCUCAGUUCACAAACUCAUUCGACAUUUUUGUUCGAGGUCAGGAGAUUUGUACCGGUGGCCAGCGCAUUCACAACGCCGAGAAGCUCCGCGAGAGCAUGAAGAAUGCCCGUAUUCCUGAGGCUGGUAUGGAAGAGUAUCUGUCCGCCUUUGACCUGGGUCCUGCUCCCCACGGUGGUGCUGGUCUUGGUCUUGAGCGUGUCGUUUUCUUAAUGCUCAAGCUAGGCGACGUUAGAAAUGCCACGCUCUUCCACAGAGACCCCAAGUCUCUUCCGGAGAAACCACCAGGACUCCCGCACCCAGAGGCGGACACGACAAAGCCAUGGUUGUUCACGGAGCAGCCACCGAUUGAGAAGCUCAUCGCCAACUAUGGCGAUGCUUCAAACACCUCGUGGCUCGACGAGCGAUUUGAGAUCUGGAGACAUUCCAAUGGUGCAGCUGUCGGGUAUUGCGUCCAAGAUGACAAAUUCGCCAUGACUAUCGGCGAUCCUCUUUGCGAUGAGAGCCAGUAUAAUGAGGUGAUUGCUGCAUACAAGCAAUACGUUCUAAAUGAGCUCAAGCUCACGCCGGUAUGGAUGCUUGUUUCAGACCAUGUGCAAGAUAUUCUUGCGCAGAACCACAAGUGGCGAACGUUGAGCUGUGUUGAAGAGCAGCGUGUUGACGCAGACCACCACAAGGAGCCAAGCAAACACGAUGUACGAAGAGUCGACAGGGAGAACGUCAAGGUUCACAAGGUUGAGCCCAAUGAUGACUUUAAGAAACGGUGCGAGGAGGCCAUUGAAGAAUGGAAAGCCGCUCGCAAGGGCAAGAAACAGGUUCACUUGACCGAGAUUCGUCCUUGGGUUGAUACCGAGCACCGACACUACUUUGCGGCUGAGAGGGAUAACAAAGUCCUCGCCCUUGUUGUCUUGGCCCAACUAUCCCCUAAGCACGGAUGGCAAGUCAAGUGGGCCAUGGAUUUCCCUGGAGCCCCCAAUGGUACCAUUGAGGUUACAGUUGAGAAGGCCUUGUCCUCUGUUACUGGUAACGUGACAUUUGGUGCUGGCGUUUCUGAGAAGUUGACGCCCGGCGCCCAGCUUCAUGGUGCUCGCGCCAAGUUCCUGGCGAACACAUAUGAGAUCCUUGUCAAGCAGCUCUCGCUGGCAAACAAGGCUGGCUUCCGAGAGAAAUUUGGUGUCAAGGGUGAUCCAAUCUUUAUCUGCUACCCUCGACACGGCGUUGGUGUUCAAGACCUGAAGCAAUUCAUCAAGUUCUUUGAAGACUAG